UGGUCCCUCUGCCCAAUGCCCUCUGGUCUCCCUUGCCCUGCCCUUGACCGCAGGGGCGCCCGCCGCGUUGCCACGGAAACGCCGGCCAGGCGCGGCGGCGCGCACAGCGCGCUCUCGCCUCUCGGUAGAAGUGGCGGCGGCUCCAGCUCCCGCGCGCCCUGGCGCCCCGGAGCCGCGCUCGUUGGGCUCCCACCCCGGGUCCCCGGCGGCGCGCAAGGCAAGAUGUGGAGGCGCAACCUGGAAGACCGAGAUGCUCAAACAAAACAACUGCAGGAUGCUGUCACAAAUGUGGAGAAGCAUUUUGGAGAGCUUUGCCAAAUCUUUGCUGCUUAUGUACGGAAAACGGCCAGGCUGCGAGACAAAGCCGACCUCCUGGUUAAUGAAAUCAACGUGUAUGCCUCUACCGAGACCCCAAAUUUAAAGCAGGGUCUGAAAAACUUUGCCGAUGAGUUUGCCAAACUUCAAGAUUACCGCCAAGCAGAGGUUGAAAGGCUUGAAGCCAAAGUAGUUGAACCGCUGAAAGCUUAUGGAACCAUUGUAAAAAUGAAACGGGAUGAUCUCAAAGCAACAUUAACAGCAAGAAAUCGAGAAGCCAAACAGUUAUCUCAGUUAGAAAGGACUCGCCAACGAAACCCAUCCGAUCGACAUGUGAUUUCGCAGGCAGAAACUGAAUUACAGAGAGCCACGAUUGAUGCCACCCGAACAAGUCGUCAUUUGGAGGAAACUAUUGACAAUUUUGAAAAGCAGAAAAUGAAGGACAUAAAGAACAUAUUUUCUGAGUUUAUCACAAUUGAAAUGUUAUUUCAUGGCAAAGCUUUAGAGGUCUUCACUGCUGCAUACCAAAAUAUACAAAAGAUUGAUGAGGAUGAAGAUCUAGAGGUUUUCCGAAAUUCUCUGUAUCUACCAGAUUAUCCAUCUCGUUUAGAUAUUGUAAGAGCAAAUUCAAAGUCACCUCUUCAGAGAUCAGUAUCAGCUAAAUGCACAUCUGGAACUGGACAGAUAACCACCUGUCGAACAAGGAAAGACCAACAAGUAGAAGAUGAAGAUGAUGAAGAAUUAGAUGUGACAGAAGAUGAAAACUAAUUUUAAGAAAACUUCACAUUUCCAUUUUCAUGUUAAAUGGCUUGAAAUCCAGGAUCACUUUAUACUCACUUGACAGGUUAAACUUCAGAAUGAUACACUAUUAUGAAAUGGGGAGGGAGGGAUUAAAGGAAAUUAUGCUCACAAAAAAAAAA